AUGGAGAAGGGGUUAAUCUCCGUGGACCGUUGGGCAGAAGGAAGCCAAGCCUACUUCCUCACCCACCUCCACUCCGACCACACCCACGGCCUCACCUCCGGGUGGUCCCACGCGCCCCUCUUCUGCUCCCCUCUCACCGCCAAACUCCUCCCCUUCAAGUUCCCCAGCUUCGACCUCUCCCUCCUCCGCAUCCUGCAUCCCGGCGCUUCUCACACCCUCACUCUCCCCUCCACCGUCCUCCACGUCACCGCCAUCGACGCCUGUCACUGCUCCGGUUCCAUCAUGCUACUCUUCCGCGGCGACUUCGGCUGCGUCCUGUACACCGGCGAUUUCAGGUGGGAAGCCACGUGCGAGAGAGCAGCCAACGCCCGCCACGUGCUUCGCCACGCUCUCCAGAACGUUCCUGUGGUUGACGUCGUUUACCUCGACAAUACCUACUCCAAUCCUAUCUAUGAUUUCCCGCCUCGCCAUGUUGCGGCUCAGAAGGUUAUGGAUAUCAUUUCAUCGCAUCCCGAUCAUGACGUCAUUAUCGGGAUUAACACUUUGGGGAAGGAAGAUCUGCUGAUUGAAAUUUCGCGCGCACUUCAAAUCAAGAUUUGGGUGUGGCCAGAGCGGUUGCGGACUAUGCAUCUUCUUGGUUACCAUGAUAUUUUUACAACCAACACUUCCCUUACUAGAGUUAGAGCUGUUCCUCAAUAUAGUUUUAGUAUUGAAACUUUAGAGGCACUGAAUGCAAUGCGCCCAACUAUAGGAAUCAUGCCAUCGGGUCUUCCAUGGAUAAAGAAAUCCCUUCAAAAGAAUGAGUUUCUUUCUGGUUCUUUUUUGACAUCUCGUUAUAAGAGAGGCAAAUGGAGUGCAAAUAGUGAGGCCCAGACUGAUGAGCAAAUUGGAAACAUAGGAUCACCCGAGAAAAUUCACGAGUACAUGUACACAGUUCCCUACUCUGAUCACUCCAAUUAUGAAGAGAUUGAGGAGUUUAUAAAGCUUGUUCAACCAAUCAGACUCAAAGGCAUUGUGGCUUCCUCGUCAUGCUAUAUUGAACCCAUGUACUAUUUUGGUCGACUUUGUCGUGUUGACCAACAGACACAACUGUUGCGUGAGGGGCACAAAAGGAAAGAAAAUUGUAAAAGAGAAAGAGAAGGAUCAGUCAGAUCCAAAACUUCAUUAGGAGAUGUUAAUGUUGAGACAGGUAGAGACAGAGGCAAGGCUUUGAAGGGUAGGUUUUCAGGUGUUCGUCUGAGCAGGUUUAGUAUAUUGAGAAGAACCCACCGUGGUGCGAAAAUUCAUGAAUAUAACAGUUCUGAUCAAGAAUGA